CUCAGCUGUCGCCCAGUACCCCUACAACGGCAGCAACGCAGGCGCGACCGCGAGGCGAGCUGGGCACCCCGCGCCGCACCCCGCCCGCCGGCGCGGCUCGCUCUCGCACACUCCGCGCCGCUGCCCGCCCCCUGCUCACGCCUGGGACGCGCCUCCCUCCCGCAGCCCAGCCCGCUAGCUUGCGUCCCGGCUGCCGCCUGCUCUGGCCGGGCCGGGGCAGAGCCCGAGCAUGGAUCCCGGGGAGCCGCGGGAGCCCCCCGAGGCCUGCGAGCGGGGGCCGGCGGCAGAGACCGCCGUGGCCCCACGCUGGAAGGAAGCCAAGACUUUCUACGACAACCUCGCUCCCAAGAAGAAACCCAAAUCGCCCAAGCCUCAGAAUGCAGUCACCAUUGCUGUGUCUUCUCGAGCCUUGUUCCGCAUGGAUGAGGAACAGCGAAUCUACACGGAUCAGGGUGUGGAGGAGUAUGUGCGCUACCAGCUGGAACACGAGAACGAGCCCUUCAGCCCUGGGCCAGCCUUCCCCUUUGUGAAGGCCCUGGAGGCUGUGAACAAGCGGCUGCGGGAGCUGUACCCCGAUAGUGAGGAUGUCUUCGACAUCGUGCUUGUGACCAACAACCAUGCUCAAGUGGGUGUUCGCCUCAUCAAUAGUAUCAACCACUAUGACCUGUUCAUUGAGAGGUUCUGCAUGACAGGUGGGAACAGCCCCAUCUGCUACCUCAAGGCCUAUCACACCAACCUCUACUUGUCGGCUGAUGCAGAAAAAGUGCGGGAAGCCAUUGAUGAAGGGAUCGCAGCUGCCACCAUCUUCAGCCCGAGCAGGGACGUGGUUGUAUCGCAGAGUCAGCUGCGCGUGGCCUUCGAUGGGGACGCUGUGCUCUUCUCAGAUGAGUCGGAGCGCAUCGUCAAGGCCCAUGGGCUGGACAGGUUCUUCGAGCAUGAGAAGGCUCAUGAGAACAAACCUUUGGCUCAGGGUCCCUUAAAGGGCUUUCUGGAGGCUCUGGGUAGGCUGCAGAAGAAGUUCUACUCCAAGGGCCUGCGGCUGGAGUGCCCAAUCCGCACCUACUUGGUGACAGCCCGCAGUGCAGCCAGCUCUGGGGCUCGGGCUCUCAAGACCCUGCGCAGCUGGGGCCUGGAGACAGAUGAGGCCCUGUUUCUUGCAGGAGCGCCCAAGGGUCCCCUCUUGGAGAAGAUCCGCCCACACAUCUUCUUUGAUGACCAGAUGUUCCAUGUGGCUGGGGCUCAGGAGAUGGGCACAGUGGCCGCCCAUGUGCCUUACGGUGUGGCUCAGACACCUCGGCAGACUGCACCUGUGAAGCAGGCCCCACCUGCACAGUAGCUGAGCCACCAGCCCACUGGCCUGCAUUGCUCCAGGCACAGCUCCCUGUCCUUACUCCAGUGGGCCCUUCCAACUCCUCACUGCUCUGCCCCUGUGUAUAUCUGCCCUCUUCCCUGUGUGUGAGGUGCCUGUCAGAAAUUAUGCAGAUGGGCCAGCAUUCUCAGCAGCCCUCCUUUUGGGCAAAUACUGUGCCAUCAACUGGCCAGGGAGUAAGAUGAUGCAGAGUGGCUGGAUUUCAGGGGAAGGUGAUGGGACAGAGGGUGGGAGGGUCAGAGGAGCCAGGAGCUUGGGUUAGGAACUAGCUCAGUAUAAUCCAGAGAACCCUGCUUAGAGAGAGAAGGGACUGGCUUCUGAGCACUGUCCUGGCAUGAACUGCUUGUCUUUGAGUAAGCCCCUCCCAUUCCUGGGCCUCAGUUUCCCCAUCCUUUAGGUGGUUUUCAAACUCUCCUUUAGCUAAAGAAGCUUGGUUUGAUAAGAUUGCCCUCUCUGAAAGAAGCAUCCUUUGCCCGGCUGCUGCUGGUAUAUAUGGCACCCUUGUGAUAACUAUAGGAGGACGCUGACUCUACAGUGAAUCACGUAAAGAUGGUCCUUCCUGUGGGCUGACCCAGACCCACACUGGAGUACACAGCUUGGUUAGGAUAUAGGCUGCAUUUCAGCCCCCACAGGCUCCUCAGCCCAGAGGCGUUUGUCAAAUGGGCAAACUUACAACCACCUGCAGCAGCCCUACCUAUAAUUUUACACGUUUGGAAACCACUGGACAAGAUGACCUCUCUGCUUGCUGUGAUCCUCUAAUCUGAGUCAUCAGAGGUCAGCAGCCAGGCGCAGGCUGAGUUUAACCUGCCCACAAAGCCUCCUUCAGCCAGCAGGGGGCGCUGUAGACUCUUGUGAGAACGCUCUUCAGCGGCUGUGGGCCAGGGGCUCCCUUUGCUUUUGCUUUUAGCCCAAAUUUCUGCCCGCCAACCCCCUCACUCCCUCGAUGACUGCAUCCCCAGAGCUGCCAACCUGCUCUGCCCGUGGGGAAAGAGGCGAGUAUGGAGGUUUACAGAUUGAGGCCCAAAUACAUACAGGAGAAGAAAUCUUAAUGCUGCAGUGGGAGACCACCCAGGCUUGGCUGAGGGAAGGCUUGCCUGGGUGAGGGUGAGGCAGGGAGGUCUGGUCUGAGGCUGUGACCAUUUCCAAAGGAAGAUGUUGAAAUGGGCACUAGCAAGAUUCUCCAGCUAUGGGAUUGUGAGUGGAGGUAGCAGGCUCUCCGUCACUGGGAUGCUGUGCAAGGGGCUCCAGCAUGAGCGGAUCUCCCCCUGCAGUGCACUGGUGAAUCCUCCUCCCUUGCAGGAGCUCCUGCAGCCCCUCUGUCACCACUUUCAGGGGAGAACUCUCACUAUUGGUGAGUCAGCCUCCUCCUUUGCUGACCAGCCUGGCUCUCAGGUAGGAGGGUGGGAGCACCGACGGCUGGUCCCUUAGGAAGACCCAGAGGGGUGAGCAAGCAUCUGUGUUGGGCACCGAUUGCCUGGCUCCUCGGGGGGAAUUCUAGCUGUGAACAAGCACUUUGAAGAAAGCCAAAGAUAUCAUCGGAGGGGCAGGAGCCUGUAGGUGUGUGCAGGAGAGCUGGACUGUUUGUGAGGGCAGGGAAAGGAGGUGAAGGGCCACCUGGCGGUGACCUUUGUCCUUCUGAGGACUCAGUCCAGGGUCUGAAUGGGCACAGGCUCUGGGCAGUGUGGGGCAGGAUAGUAGUUGCAGAAAGAUAAUCCAGGAAGAAGAAAAAAGUGAGGAGACUGAGGCGGUUCUCAAAAUGAGCAACAGUUAGGGCUGGAAGAAAAGUGCUGGGCUGGGCUUUCCCUGUCGGUGUGGGAGGCUGGCCAGUGGGCUGGUCCUGGGCUGGAAGGACAAGGCUGUACUGACUGCCUGGGACAGAUGCCCACCGCUGCCUGCCUUAUCGGGGGGAGGGCAGGCGAUGAAGGUGUCUGCACAAGGUCAUUUCCAUCCACAGCCAGGAUCCUGGCCAACAGAGGCCUCAGAGCAUAGGGACUGGUUUGGCUCCUUCCUCCACCCCAAGCCCAGCCAGAAGAAAACUGAGACCUAAGAACAGCCUUAAGAAACAGAAAGGAAGUGAGAGAGGGAGUACCUUUGAUCUUGGCUGAACCUCAGAAAGGCCCUCUGCCCUCCCCCAAACCCAGUCCAAAUCACCCCCGUGAAGGACCAUGUAGAGCUCACGGAGCCAGCCAGUGCCCAUAAAAAGCCUACAAAGCUGGGCACAGCCGAGAUUCAUAGAAUGGCAUUAGGGUGCCAACCAGGAUGGAUACCAGAUGUUGCCUCAUUAAGAUAAACCCCAGGGAUUCUGGGAACCAAGACGUCCUGCCCCAGGGCCUAGUGAUAAACAGCUGCUGAUUCUUUCAGGUCUCUUAGGAAGCAGGAAAAGAUGAUGCUGGAAGCAGAAAGAUAAGAUGCAGUAAAAGCUGUGGAUUUCACUGGAACCACCAUUAAUAGACCUAGUUAGCCCUGGGCAGUGAGAUACAGAUAAGGUCCAAAUUUUAUUACUGAAACCUGAAAUGAGCAUCUCAGUCCUGGAAAAAGGCCUUCAGGGGAAUAAAAGGCCAGAAGUCCUGGGGGCAAGCUUAGGCAGCAGCCAGAUGUACCUUCUGAUUGUUUCAAGUGGGGAGGAGGAGGCCUGGGGGAGGAGUGUUUAUUUUGUCACAGGCAAAUUAAAAAGCCAGAUGAGCACCAAGCUCCAGGCCCAACUGGACAGCAGGAUGGGGCAGAGCAGCCACAGCUCCUGCAAUGCUGGGCACCUGUAGCCAAGAGCAGCGCUCCCCAGCAAGUUCUGCAGAACACCUCCCGGGAAAUGCUUGCCAGCAGAGACCCAGACCAGUGGAAACUGCCACGUACCAGAAAAACAAGCCUGCUUACUAGGCACUGAGACUGCUAAGAGCGUUGCAAGUCAGCCCCCUCCCCUUCCUGAAAGGCCAAUCCAAACAGUGGGGGUGCAGCAGAAAACACCCAAAGAAAUAAAAACCAGCAAGAAGUUCAAAUCCAAGAUGCACUGGGCUUUAUAAUGAUAUUCACCUGGUGUGCCUCACUACAGCAACUGGUGAGUAAAAUGUCGAAGUAUUUCCACCAACAAUUGGUGAAUAGUGCUGGCCUGAGCCCCUGGGUGCCCCUCCACGGCCUCAGCUGCCCUAGUCCCUCUGCUGUGGCUGCUCCGUCUUCCCAUGACCCCGCAGGAAGGGCAUCCAGGAGACUCACCGGCAUGAAGGUCAGUGUCCCCUCUCUUUGGUUGCCCAACCAUGCUGGUUUAGAGGGUGACUUGCCCAAAGUCACACAGUUUGCAAGAGGCAGCCCUGGGACAAGCUCAUGCCUGCCUGAUGCUGGGACCCAGGCUCAUUUUGCCAUACAGCCCAUACAUGUGCACAGAGGUGGCAAGAGAAGGUUCGUGGCAUGGGAGUGUGCCCAACAGUGAACGUGUUGUUACCGCCUGCUUGCCAAAAGGUGAUAGAACACUUGAGUGAGUAUAUUUUUCUUACAUCUUCCUAAAUAGCUAAGAAUUUAAAUUAGAGGCGAACAUUUGUAGAGCUCCUGAAGCACCCCAAGUUCUCUGGAACCCAAUUUGAAGACCCCUGUAUUGGGCUAACACAGGAUUUGGCAAAUUAUGACUCCUGUGGUCAAAUCUCGCUCACCACCUGCUGUUAUGAAGAAACUUCUAUUGGAACACAGCCAUGCCCACUUGUUUACAUACGUCUACGGCUGCUUUUGCACUACAACAGCAGAGUUGAAUUGUUUCAACAGAGACUGUGGAGUUGGAAAUAUUUAUCUGGCCCUGUACAAAAAGAGUUAGGUGACCCCUGGGCUAAGGCAAACAUCCCCGGGCUGCGCCUCAGUGGGAGAGGGCUGCUCACAUCCAUCUAAGCAUUCGAAGGCAGAGGCUGGUUCCACUGCAGAGGAGACACCACGUGGGGGCUUGGGGCCCAUCUGCAGGACUCAUUAGGGCUGCAGUGAAUUGCAGGCGCUAAGUUUCUUGACAUCAAACACAACAGACUCUUGGCAUCUGAGAAUUUAAGAUCUCAAGGUUUGACUAUUUUCAAGUGACCCAUGGCCUGUUGUAAUUUGAAGUGCUGUUGAUGCACAAGUAUGACUUAGGUGUGCCCUGAUAAGCUGAUGGAUGAGGGCAGGGAGCAGGACCCCCAGCUCGGGCUGAGCCCAGCUGACUGUCCAGCACCUGCUCAGAGUGGGGCUCUGUUGUUCUUGACUUCUGAUUGCCCUCAUGGAGCCUCUAGGGAAGUGGCAAGUGCCUGUAGAUGGAUGGGCCUUAGCUAAAUAUUAGUUUUGGAUAAGCUGACUUUAGCACUCAGAUCUAACAAGUCAUCCAUAAGCUCUCCAUGGAAGCAAGAGCAAGCUCUUCAUGAGGAUGGUCCCAGCGAGGGCUUUAACUGGCUCAGAAGUUACUGAUCAAGUGAAGAGAAAACUUCAGUGAAAGUUGGAAUGGCCGUUUUCUCGUGCUGUGAGGGUGUGAGCAAUAAAGGCACAUAUCCUCAUGAUGGAAUUGUGGAUCAGGAGAAAUCCAGGACCUGCUUCUGUAGGGAUCUACCAAGGACCCAGGAUCCUCUGCAGGAAUGGCCCGUGUGGAAGCGGUCUCACGUACAGCCAUCGCUGUUCCAUCAUCAUACUCUUUUCUGACAAGCCCAGCCUUGGCUUCAGAAUCCUGCUCCAGGUGGCCACUGCCAGAGGGCUGGAGCUGUCCUGGAAGAUGGAAUCUAUUUUGCCAGCCUGCUGGUGUUGGGUGUUGCUUUGCAGAGGGCAUGCAAGGCCCUGAUCUUCAUUCUCUGGUGCUGGGCACAACCCUGAGGAUUCUGGGAUCUCAUGCCAGCAGAACAAAUGAGGAGGGAGAAUGGCAUCCUGUGGUUGGCAGCUUCGCUGGACCGGGUGCCGGAGAAGCGACAACCCGAGUUUCACCCAGUCUUGAGGCCAAGUACAAAAACCCCUUCUGCCAGUAGGUGGCACUGCCGGCCAGCAGUCAGCUGCAGGUAGUCGUCAGUGGGUUUAAUCCCUGGUUACUUUCCUCUCCUUCCCUGUCCCUUGGGGCUGUGCAGGAUUCCUGCAGCAGCUUAGACAGAAAGGACUUUAGGUGAUCUGAAAAUGCUUGCUAAUCGUGCCUGUGUGACGAGCUGAUUGCUCUUACCAACAACCACUGUGAUUGUGUGCAUGGACGCACUCAUGAGUGUGCAACAGGAUAAAGACUAUGUAUGCAUGUUUACGUGGGUGUGUAUAAUGGGUCAGAUAGCUGUGCUGACAACUGUGUGUGUGUGUGUGUGUGUGUGUGUGUGUGUGUGUGUGUGUGUGUGUGCGUGUGUGUGUGUGUGUGUGUACAUGGCUAUCUCUGUUAACUAAGCGUCCUGGGCCCUCAUACUAACGGCCAGCCCUGUUUCCUGGGACUAGUUCUGAUUGUUCCUAUUAUCUCAUGGGCAUUUGCACAUGUGCAGUGUGGGAGCCACUGAAGCCAGGCUUUCUAUCUUUCCCUCCGGCUUCCUCUGCCUCCCACCCCUACACAGCAUCUUGGGAAAGAAGUGGAAUCUGUGCUAGGACACUUCUUUUGACUGUACCUGCCUCACCAUCUCUCCUUGUUUCUUCCCUCCCCCCAAAAGUCCCAGGGCCACUGUGUACAGCUGGGCAGAUAGUACACUGCAUGGAUCCAGACGGAGUCAUUCACACUGACUGUGACAUGAGUGGUGCCUCCUAGGCACCUGUAAAACAUGCCAGCUGUCCAGAGCUGCCCUGGUCAUCUCAUGGCCAUGGCUAGGAAAGCUGCCUUCUUCCCUACUCCCUAGCCCAGCCCAGCCCAGCCGGGAUUCCUUCCUCUGCUUGGGUGUUCUAGUCUGGCCCAGAAGUGACUUACCCUUGGCUUGAUCAGAAUGUAUCUCCCUGCUGGGCCAUCCCCCAGAGGCCUUUGGAUUCCAUUAAUGAAAGUGAAAUAUGGCUAGCAACUUUUCAUUCACUCGUCUUUGCAAAGUGAGAGGCCCCUGUGAGACAAACCUCAGGUCUGCAGAAGGGGUCACUGACUCCCACACUCCCGGCCUGCGGAGGAGUAUGCUUCACGGGCAGAUUGUUGUAUAAGAUGGGUAUGCCGCAGAAUUAGGGUUAAGACCUCAAGCCUGGGUUUGAGGCUGCCACCAAGCAGAAAAUCAUGAGGCUAUGGCAGACUGGAGGCCUGGGCCAGGUCACAAACCCUCAAGUCUCCAGGGGCCUGGCAGGAAGCAUAAGUGAGGGAAGAGGAUUAGGCAGGGUCUGUAGUGAAAUGGAGGACAUAUACUCUGCUGUCUGACAUGGUUGCUGCCAUGCGGGAAUGUGUGCUGGCGUUGCCAGAUAUUCCACCCCAUUUUUCAAGAGAAGCUAGAAAUCUGGACUUUUGGCAACUAUUUUGAGUUCGGAAAACACUGUGCAGGCCAAAUGAAACACAUCUUGCAGGCUAAUUCUGGCCCUCAAGUUUCCAAUUUGCAUCCUCUGGCCCAGACCCAUGAACUGGGUUUUCCAGAAAGGACUGAGUAACCGAGAGUGUAAGGAUAUUACACUCCGAUUCACAGACUCCGGGAUUUUUAAGAAACCUUAGAGAUAACCCAGUUCAUCCCUUGUGUGUUUUAAACUGUGUACAUCUAAACAUUAGCUUAAUAGCACACAUAUCCUUAACUUAACGGUUUCUACUUAAGAGCAUCUCAGUACUCCCAAUUUAGAACAAGUUUUUAAAUGAAGCCUUACAAGUAGCAUGUUUCUACCUACCUGUCAGAAGUCCUAUUUUUUACCAUUUGCUUUAUGAUAGCUUUACUUCUAUUUUCUGCAAACACGGGCUGCCCUGAUCUCCCUUGUAACUUAACCUCCUUGGAUUGUUUUUUAUGACAAACUUCCUAAGUGCCUCCUUAAACAGUUGGAGCAUAUAAACAGUUGCUUCAUCUAUGUGAAUUCCCUUGCCUGGGGAAGGGAUAAGACCGCAUCCUUUCCUUGGUCUGCUGUCAGUCCUGCCCAGGCCCCUGUUCUGUCUGGCUCUGCAGCAUUUACCUAGUCAUGUAAUAAAGGGUGCUAUGUGCAUCUCAGUGUAGAUCCCUCUCAUUCCCCAUGCUUAUCCCAAACCUGCAUUUUACAGCAUGGGCUCCUGCCUCUUAAAAGCCAUUCAAAUAAAUACAAGACUUUUAAAAUUAACUUAUAUUGUCUUCAUUUCCUCC